UGUGCCAUAUAUGCCGGCACCUCAUCAGGCUCUCCUCGCCCUCGCAUCCGCCGCCGCCGCCUCCGCUCGGCUCGCCAUCGAACCGAUCCGCCCGCCCGACAAGCGGCUUUCCUUUGGCGCCGUCGUGCGCGGUCUCAGCCUGAGAGCGCCUCUUUCGGAGGCUGAGCUCGCAGAACUGGACGCGGCCUUGUCGGAGCACGGCCUGCUCCUCCUCGAGAGCGCGGCUCCGCCGGACCUCGAGCCUCGCGCCUUCUCCGACCUCGUGCGCCGCCUCAACCCUGGCGCCGAGACGGUGUGGCGAGACCAGCGCACGAACCCGUGGGAGCGGCACAAGGCGGAGCACUUGGGGCCCGCCGGGACCUUUCAGCUUCCGACCUGCCCGGAGGUCCUCGUCCUCGGCAAGGGCGAGUACCGCGACCACUUCGGCCUCACCUGCUCGCUCGGCGGGGCGAGGAGAGCCUACGGCUCGAACGGGUCGCAGGUCAUCGGCGGCGGGAAGCUGCAGUGGCACAUCGACGGAGCCUUCUGGAAGGCGCCGGCUUCGCGCGCGAGCGGGCUGCCCUGCGGCGUGGUUGGCAUGCGGUGUGUCGAGGCGCCCUCGCCGCCGCGCGAGUGCGAGGCGGACUAUGGCGACGGGGCGACGCUGUCGUGUGCCGCGGGCUCGACAGCGUUCUGCUCAGGAGCGGUCGCCUUUGAGCUUCUCACCGAGCAGGAGCAGGACACGGCGCUGAGGACGACAGUCGUGUAUGCGGCGCACCCCUUCAAGCGCUUCGCGGGGUGCGGCAUGACGCGCGACGGCUUGCGCUGCGUCGGAGGCGUCGAGGUCGAGUGUACGAUCGGCGACAACGAGCGAUCGGGGCAGCUCCGGCUUCCGCUGGUAUGGAGGCACCCGACUAGCGGGAGGCCGGCGCUGAUGCCGCACACGCGCUGCCUCGAGGCGGUCGAGAUUGCGUCGUCUGACGGCGCUGCGCCGCCGGCCGUACUCGGCACCGAGGAGGCUGCGCAGAAAAGAAAAACAGACAGGACGGACACGCCAGGCGAGGGAUGGGAGAGUCCCCACCUGCACGAGCAGGCUUCUUGGGAAGGAGGACCAGGGCGGCACACGUAGCGGGAGCGGGCAGCACACGACGGCUGCAUGGGCGCGGCACUAGGCGCGCAGCUGGCUUCACGCCCUCACGCGGCGCGCCGUCGCCCCGCCCCUCGUCCUCCCUCUUGCGUGGAGAGCGGGCGACUGUGCUCUGUGGGACAACCGAGCCGUGUGGCACUCAGCGACGGGUGGGCUCGCCGAGCAGGAGCGGCGGCUCAUGCACUUGGUCGCCUUUGACGGCACGGCGCCGCCGCUGCCCGCGACACCGCGCGGAGGGCCGCUCUCCCGCUCACCGCCGCCGUCGGUGGUUGGCCUCGUCAUCGGCCAGACGCCGCGCGACGACCUCGCCGCGCCGCUCCGCCGCGCUGCCGCCGCCGGAGCUGCGCGCUCUGGCGGCGCGGCCGCCAUCGCCUUGGCGGUGAGGGGCGCAUUGGACGGAGUGUGCGAGGGAGCCCUCCCCCUCACGCCGCCUCCUCCGCAGCCUCCGCUGGGCCUGCCGCCCUCUCCCGUCGACGCUUCCGACUGCCCUCUCAUCACGCGGCUGGGCGACGGCACGCCGGUGACCGUGAGCGAGGCGGCGCUGACGCCGCUGCUGCAGCGGCAGCUGGACGCGCACGCAGCGGCGCUGGGGGGCCGCGGCGCGCCUUGCGUGGCCGUGCUGCUCUGCGCCGGCCGCUUCGACGGCCUUCGCUCGCCCUCGGAGCGGAUCACCCUCCUGCGCCCCUUCGCGGCGGCCGCCGACGCGGCGGCGCGGCUCGGCGUGCGGGACGCCUUGCUGUGCGUCCCCACCGCCGACCAGCAGCCGUACGCUCUCGCGCGGUGGCGGCCGGAACUGCCGGCGGCGGCGGCGAUCGCGACGUGCGUCUUGCCCGAGGAGCCGGGGGAGGCUGAGCUACAGCAGGCGGCCGCCGCCGCUCGGGCGCUUCCCGCCGAGGCGGCCAUCGUCCUCGAUUUUGUGGGGCAUGGCGCGUCGGUGACGAGGAGGAUGAGAGAGCUGGCGCCCGGCCGCGUCGUGGUCGACGUCGGUGGCGAGGCGCUGGCGGCGGUCGAGGGGCUGCUUGCGGGCGAGCUUCGGGCAUGCUCGUAAGAGCCACAUACACCCUGCAUACACCAAAAAGAUCCGUGUAAACUU